AUGCUAAAAUCAGUUCAGCGAGCACUAGCAAAGUGUCAAAGAUCUCCAUCAGUCAUCCAUUGGCAAUGUCCUAGAAGAAAUUUUGUCAGUGUGCGGACCUCUAAGUACCGUGGACGUUUUAGUUCGUCACUUCGCUAUUGGCCUUGGCUUGCGGUAUCAACAUUGAUCACUGCUUCAUUGUGCUAUUAUGAUCAACCGUUACAAAAUGACGAUAAAACGGACGCUUUCCCUUCCUAUACUGAAUCGGUACAGGUUGAUUCAAGCGUAUCGGAUUUCCCUCUGACAAUUGAUGCUUUAAAUUUUCCUGUCUCUACCACUUUCAAACUAUUGGGGUACGGUCAAAGGCAUGUCACGUUUUUGAGAUUCAAAGUUUAUGCCUUGGGUCUUUAUCUAGCUGAAAACGAUAAGAACCUUGUCGCAAACACUCUAAAUGAAGCUUAUUUACAUAAAUAUUUCCUUGAAGUGGACGAUUCCAAGACUACUAAGGAGAAUCUGGCUAGAUUUUUAAGACAGGAUGAUUCAAAGUCGGUAAUGAUGAUUGACGAUUUACUGGAUUCGGGAAUGAGGAUGUUGGCAAAAAUAACACCCGUAAGAAAUACAGAUUUUAAGCAUCUCAAGGAGGGACUAGUUAAAACCAUUUCCAAACACCCUGAUGUGAUAAACAAUAAAGAAACACUGGAAAACGGGCUGGAAGAGUUGAAUAAAGCCUUUUCACGUAAAGGGUCCGUCAGAAAAAAUGACGAUUUGAUCAUUGAAUUAUUAGCCAACGGCUCUAUGCAAUUUUCGUACCACGAUAGUAAAACUAACGAAUUUGAAGUUAUGGGGGUAGUCAACAAUCAGUUAGUCGGAAAAUUUCUGUUUAGCCAGUAUUUAAGUGGGAACAGAUCCCCUUCUCCACAGGCCAAGAAAACAGCCAUCGACAAAUUGGUCACGCUCUUAUAA